AUCCAAGUAUAUUAUUCGACCAUCUCAUACUGAACUGGAAAGUGAAGUAUUUCAUUUACGUUAUAAUUCAGCGUUGAAUAUUUAUGAACGUCCUUCAUAUAAUAAAACAAAUACUACCAAUGAAUCGACUGGUAGUAGUGGUAGUAGUGGUAAUUGUUCAACAAGAGUUAAACAACAACAACAAUCAUCAUCAUCAUCCAAAUUGAUUGAAAAUGCACGAAAAAAUGGUCUGUAUGGAUGGCAAUCUUUAGUUUAUGAAUGGAAGAAUAUUUUUCGAAAG